AUGGCCGAGAAUGCUCCACCUCCGCGUCCACCACCAAGUCGACGUAGAGACAAAGUCCAGCUCUCCUGCAACCCUUGUAGACACCGAAAGCUGAGAUGCGAUCGACAUCAGCCAUGCGGAGCUUGCUCAAAGCGUGGCCUCGCUAACUCCUGCAAUUAUGCAACAUCAUCUUCUUCUACACCCGAUGCUCAGCGAUCUGUUGCUUCACGACAGUCAAACAGCCUCCACAGCAGAGUCUCUGAACUGGAGAGUCUGGUCGUGAUGCUCAUGGAAGGACAACCGCUGGCAAGUUCGCUCGCACCGAAACAUCUGGAAUCAAGCUCGUUAUCAAUUGCAGAUGUGUUGUCUGAAACCUGGAGACGAAGGAAACCCCAAGAUGACGCUGAAUCUCUGGCAGACCCUGGAACCCUAAAAUUGCGCGAAUCUGGAACCAGCUAUGUCCAGAGUGCUCAUUGGGAGGCCAUUCUCACCAAGAUUAGAGGACUGAAGGAGGACUUAGUGACUGACAGCAAGGCUAGACCUGGUUCACACUUGUUCUAUGGCCCGAAUUGCCAUGCAACUCGAGAUGAGAUAGUGGUCGCUAUUCCUCCUCGUCCAGUUGUUGACCGCUUGGUGGCCCUUCACUUCGAUUCCUACAUUGUCACUUCGUAUUUCAUUCAUGGUAAGAAAUUUCUCCGAGAGUAUGAAGCUUUCUGGGAAGAUCCGUCCGCAACUUCUAUCGCUUGGAUUGGUCUUAUGUUCUCCAUGUUACACAUUUCUGCGCAGUUGCAGAUCUUCGCCAUUGAUUUCACGGAUGGACGAGCCGAAUCGCUCAAGGCGGAAUGUCUCACCAAGAAGUAUGACUUCCGGGAGAAGGCCGUUCAGUGUCUUAUGUUGGCUAAGUAUACGACCGGAGGACCAUAUGUCCUGGAGAACCUCAUCCUGGUCCUUAUCGGAGAGUCGAUACUCUUGAAAGAAAGCGGUACCGACGGCUGGCUUUUAAUCAGUAUGAUACUCCAAAUUGCAACGCGGAUGGGUUAUCACCGAGACCCAGAUCACUUUCCGCGAAUAUCUCCUUUCGAAGGUGAGAUGCGUAGACGCAUCUGGGCUACAAUCCUUGUGUUAGAUCUCGGCCUCGCCUUAGAGAUGGGCCUUCCUAGAAGUGCCACAGACACUAAUAUCGACACAAAACAGCCACGUAAUCUUCAUGAUUAUGAUUUUGAAGAGGACACGAUCGAGAUACCUCCCCAAAGGCCAGAAACGGAAUGGACGCCAGUGCUUCCUCUCAUUACAAGAGGGCGACUGAUAACUGCUCUCGGCUUGAUUAGUGACAUCAAUACCGAUAUUAAUCCACCUUCCCACGAAAGGAUCGUCAAAAUCGACGCACUUCUUGGAGACGUGUACAAUCGUGGUAUCCCGCCCUUGCUGCGCUGGCAAGAUACACCACACCCUAUCACAGACAGUCCGAACAUGGUGGUACAUCGAGUAAGUGUAGAAACGACCUACCACAAAUCACGCAUUCUCCUUUACCGGAGGGCUUUGAUCGGCUAUCCAGUUCGACAGUCCCAAGAGCAGGACAGGGAGUCGGUGGGAAUUUGUCUAGAUUCCGCACUCAAGAUUCUAUCGUUCCAAACGAUGCUUCACGAAGAGUCUCAGCCAUUUGGUCGUUUGUGUCAGCUUCGAUGGAAGGUGACCCAUAUUUUCAACUCUGAUAUUCUUCUCGCAACGAGCGUGCUUUGUCUCUACCUUCAAGACGUCGAUAGAUUCGAAUUUCCAGAGACCGUAGGAUUGACACCGUGGUCGCCAAGGCGUGAAGAGAUCCGAGAACGACUGACUAGCUCGCGCAAGAUUUGGCUUCAAAUGAGUACAACAUCUCCGGAAGCUGGAAAAGUAGCGAAAGCUCUGAGCAUCGUCCUUGGAAUCACGGAAGCAUCUGCUGAGGAUGACGACGCGCCCACCUCUUACGACUUUCUAACGGAGUUCGAUGCCAUACCUUUGAACGAGUUUGGCACAACGCUCAGCAAUCAAUGUGAGGAGUACACUCAGUCAUGCCGAUUGUAA